ACUCGAUCUGGAGAUCUAGUGAGUCUCUCUGUGUCUCAAUUCCAUCGCAAUCAUCACUCGGUUGAUGGAAAAUGGAGUACAUAGACAACUUGCCAGCCAUGGAUCCGAUGCGCUCCCAGAAGAUGACUUUCGUUCAACUCAUUGUCCCCGCCGAGUCCUCUCACCGUGCCGUCUCUUACCUCGGCGAACUCGGCCUCCUUCAAUUCCGAGACUUGAAUGCUGAUAAAAACCCUUUCCAGCGAACAUUUGUUAAUCAGGUAAAAAGAUGUGCAGAAAUGUCAAGAAAGCUACGGUUUUUCAAAGAUCAAAUACAAAAAGCCAGUCUAAUGUCUUUUGCUCAUCCUGCUAUGCUAGAACACGUGGAAUUGGAGGAAUUAGAGGUCCAUUUCUAGUUAUUAAUCCUCAUCUACUGACAAGGGAACCUUUUUUUUUUUGUCCUCAUAAUUUUUAUGUUGUUUUCCUUUCUUUCUGUCUGGAUUUUUUUACCCCCUCUUGUAGUGCCAGCAAUAACCAUAUGCUGUAAGAAAUGGUCAAAAAGUGAAGAACCAUUUCCUCUUUCUUGCAAAGGCAACUUUUCUUAGAGAACUAAUGUGCAUUUUUUCUAUUAAGUUAUGAUCUAAUGUGCUUUAUUAUUGUCUUUCUCUUAAUUCUAGAUACAACUUGCUGCAUGAACAUGAGUUGAUUGAAAUGAACCAUAACAUUGAGAAACUACGACAAACGUACAAUGAGCUGCUAGAGUUCAAGAUGGUACUGCAGAAGGCAAGUGGUUUCCUUGUUUCAAGUAAGAGCCAUGCAGUUGCAGAGGAAAGAGAGUUAGAUGAUCAUGUGUACUCUAAUGAUGACUAUGCAGAUACAGCAUCUUUACUUGAACAGGAGAUGCGACAUGAGCCAUCAAAUCAAUCUGGUUUAAGAUUUAUUAGUGGCAUUAUCAGUAAAUCCAAACUUCUUAGGUUUGAGCGAAUGUUGUUUCGUGCGACAAGGGGCAACAUGCUUUUCAAUCAGGCACCAGCUGAUGAACCAAUUUUGGAUCCUGUAACAACUGAAAUGGUCAUCUUUUUCCUUAUUUCGAUUAUUACUUUUUGGGAAAAAUCUUAUCUCAAUUUAUUCUUCAUUAGAACUUACAAUAUGAAAAUAUGAAAAGUGAUUAUAAUAU